CAAGGACGGGAGACCAUUGCAAGUGACGAGUUAAAUUCGACCACACCGGUCAAAGCUUGGAGUAUUACCCCUUCCACCAUGGAACGACAGCCAUCCCCCACCCAAGACAACGACAAGCAGGAUUCAUUUCCUUGCCAAUGGCUCGACUGCACCUCCGCAUUCAACGAUCCCGAGUUGCUCUACAACCAUCUCUGCAACGAGCACAUCGGCAGAAAGAGCACCAACAACCUUUGUCUCACUUGCAAGUGGAAAGACUGCAACACGUCUUGUGCAAAGCGCGAUCACAUCACUAGCCAUCUCAGAGUUCACACCCCUCUGAAACCUCAUGUUUGCGAGAUCUGCAAAAAGUCCUUCAAACGCCCGCAGGACCUCAAGAAACACGAAAAAAUUCACACUGAAGAACAUCAUGCUCAGCACAAACACUCAAAGGCAAUCACCGUCAGCGAUCCAGCUUAUCUCACUCGUAUUCGUGGCGAGCACGCGAGAGGCAUCCUCAACAAACCCUUAUCCACGAAGCCUUCAUCCGCAGCAGUAAACACGACCACACCUGCAAAGACUCCGUUUGCUCGCACUAAACCACCUUCUGAUGCACCCCAUUAUGCUAUCCUUCCUACUCCGUCCCCUGAGUUGGACCGCGACGUUCACCUCUCGCGCCACGUCUCUGCUUAUGAUUCCUUCUCUUCGAAUCAUACAUCGUGGGAUGACAUCAAGACUCCCUCCGUCCCUGCACGCAAUAAGCGUCCCAUGGAGUACAGCGUAAAUGAUUUCUUCUCUGACAUGAAGAAAAGGAAGGUCAGUCCUUCCUAUGACUCCGACAUGGCACACCGGCUGAAUACCCUCGCCUACGGCCAUGUCCCUCACCACGAGGAUUCUUUCAACCCUCGAUCGAUAUCCUUGGAUAUCCGGACGCCGGAUGAGCUCGCCGCAGUCAACGAAUUCCUCGUUGCUCUCGGACGCGACGUUACUGGCGUCAGUCACCGUGGCCAGGCACAUCCCCUCGUUCCAGAACGCCUUUCUCCAUCUUCCUACUUUGACCCCGAUGGCCUCAAUCAAUUAGGCCUUGCUGGCAUGCCAGGCCUCCCAACCCCGAUGGGUUCGUUUGGCCAAGACCAAGGGUACACCCAGACGUCCACUCCGUACUCCAUGUCGAGCUCUUAUCCAUCUCCCCCUGCUCUUGGCAGGUCCUCUUAUCCGUCUGUUCAGCAGAACCAAUAUGGACAGGUGUACACAGUGCAGCCUUCUCAAGCGGACGCAUUUGCACCUUCGCAGCAACGCACCGUUGCUGCUGUAACCCAAGACCACCCCAUCAAUCCUUCGUCGUACACGACGUCGUCCCUUUAUCACCCUACUGCCAGUUAUCAUCACCCGACCCCACCGCUAGAUCCCACCUCACCAUAUUCAUCUAGCUCGACGCCUUCGAAUGCUACCCCUCCCCAUUAUUCGACCAUUGCAGACUCCUUCCAGUUCGAUUACUCUCGACCUUCUCGCGGUGCCCAACCCCCCGUCCACCUGGAAGCACCCGACUUCACGAGGAAAGCAUUGCACACGAUGGUUCCGCUGAAGACCGCCUCGCGAAGUGCUCCAGAGCCGAUGGAGCCCAAGCUGAACGGCCCUGGCUCUGCUCGUCCUGCCAAGCUGAGCCCUCUUACGGCACCCAAGGUCACGCUGUCUUCAUUGAAUAAACUUUAUCCUCGCUUGCUUCCCGAGGACUCCGAUCUUAAACUCCCCUCCCUCAAGCACCAGCAGGAAGCCGGGCCGUGCAGACUCCCACCCAUUACGACGAUGUACCCUCCCCGAUCGCCACCUCCUUGCUCUCCGGACAUGUCCCGUGGAACGACCCCGAGCUCAUCACGGUCUUCGCCUACGGCAUCGCACACCGUCCUGCCCAGCCUUCGCUCCAUCACCGAGACUUCCGAGGGGAGCAGCGACGAGCACGAACUGGCACGCAAAGUAGGUGGAAUCGAGCUUGACCAUUACAAUCCGGGCAAGGAAAUCACAAUCGAGCAGCGGAGAAAGCACGCAGAACUUAUUCGCAAUCUGCUUGUAAAAAUUAAUGUCGACUACAAGCAGCAGUAUGGCACGCCACGCUUGACCACAGUAGUUAAGCGGGAGCCGAUAGAUUCUCCGCGGCUUCGGGACGUUGAGAUGGCCAUUGCGUGAUUAUUUGCCGCUUUUUUUUUUCCUUCUUUUUUGUAGUUUGUUUUUCAUCAGAUGGCUGGCUCCUGCGCAUAUGUGAAUCAAUCAUGCAAAUAGUGUUC